AUGAAUAUUAAUAAUAAUGGAAAUGAUAUAAAAAAUAAUAAUAACAAUAAUAAUUCAAAUAAAUUUUCAAUUAGUAAAUAUAAUUUCGAUGAAAAAUUUGAAAAUUUUUUUAUUAAAAUUACAAAUGGUGGUAGAGAUGAAUACGGUAAACCAAUGUUUUUCACACCAAUGGUACCAAAAGUAUUAUACUUUUUAUUAUUUUAUUUAUUUGGAACUCAAAGACCAUUCGUACCAAUUUAUUUCCGAGAGAUUGGUGUGAAUCCAGAAAUGCUAGGUAUAAUAUUACUAUUUCCACCAUUAAUAUCAUUCAUUUUCUCACCUAUUUGGUCAGGAAUUGCAGACUCAAAGAAUGCACAUAAAUUCAUAUUCCUAUUGAUGACUUUUGGAACUGGAUUUUGUUUUUUCCUAUUAAAUUUCGUGGAAAAUCAUAUUAUAGCAACGAUUGUAGUAUUGGUGAAUGCAAUAUUUUGGGCACCAAUAAUCCCAUUAGCAGAUUCAACAUGUUAUAAAAUUUUAGGUACCCAAUUCAAAGAACUAUAUGGUAAACAAAGAAUGUAUGGUAGUAUUGGUUUCUCAAUAUCAGCAAUCCUAACAGGCACCCUAAUAAAUUACUAUGAUACAGUUAAUGUAGCUUGGAUUAAUUACCCCAUCGGCUCAACACUCUUAUUCAUCUUUACCCUAUUCUUUUUCAACACAAAACAAAUUUCAAACCAAUUUGAAAUAUUAAAUAGUAAAUCAGAUGAACAAGAUGAUGAUGACCAAGAUGAUGAAAUUAAAAAUAAUUAUAUUGAAACUGAAGGAAAACAAGAAGUUCAAGUUCAAGAUGUUGUUGGUGUUGUUGUUGUUGAUGAUGUUGAUGAUGGUGAUGGUGAUGGUCUAAUUGAAAAAGAAAAUAAAAUGAAAAUUUCAUUUUUAAAAGGUGUAUUAAUUUUAUUAUCAAAUCCAAAGAUUGCAAUUAUUUUGUUUAAUUGUAUUAUAAUUGCAAGUGGUAUGAGUGUUUGUAAUAAUUAUUUAGCAUUGAUUAUAACAGAUGUGAGAUAUUUUAAUUCAUCAACAUCUUUAGUUGGAUUUGCGUCAAUAUUGAAUGUAACAUUUGAAAUUGCAUUCUUUUAUUUCGGUAAACAAUUAUUGAUGAAAAUUGGUAUUUUCAAAUUAAUUAUACUAGCACAUUGUGCAUUAAUUACAAGAGUUGUAGCAUAUUCAAUAUUGUUAAGAUUGAAUGCAAAUGGGUGGUGUAUUGUACCAAUUGAGUUAUUACAUGGUAUUGUAUUUGCAAGUUGUUGGAAUUCAGGUAGUAGUAUAAUCAAUGCCAAUUCACCAGCAGGUUUAGAAGCGACUGGUCAAAGUCUAUUCUUUGGAGUUUAUAUGGGAUUUGGUACAAGUUUGGGUGCAUUACUCGGUGGUCUCCUAUUAAAUAGUUACGGUCCAAUAACUAUGUUUCAAUUUGUAGCUGCAAUUGUAACUUUUGGUUUAUUAAUUUUCUUAAUUGCUGAAUUCCUUCUAUACAGUAAAGAACCACUUAAAAAUAAAAAAUUAUUAAAACAAAAAGAAGAAAUUGAAUUAAAAGAACAACAACAAAAGCAAAGUGAAUCAAAAGAAAAAGAAAAAGAAAAAGAAGAAGUAGAAUUAAAUUUACAAUUUAAUCAAAUUUUAAAAGAUGAACUUGAAAAAAAUAAAGAAUUAAUUGAAGAUGAAGCUAAAUAUAAUAAUUUAAUAAUUAAUAAUGUUAAUGAUGAAAUUAUUCAUAGUUCAACUUUAUUAUAA